CCACCCAGGGCCACGCGGAUCCCGACGGUCAAUACCAAAACCACCUGGACCCGGAGGGGCAAUACCCGCCCUGCGGCGACCCCGACCUCCCCUACGCGCCCCAUACGGACCGCGACGGGCAAUACCCGCCCCAUACGGACCGGGACCUCCCUUACCAGGGGCACCUAGAUCGCGACGGGCAAUAUACGGGUCGUACGGACCGCGACGGGCAAUACCCGCCCCACCUGGACCGCGACGGGCAGUACCAGGAGCACCUGGAUCGCGACGGGCAGUACCAGGAGCACCUGGAUCGCGACGGGCAAUACGCCGGACGUACGGACCGGAUAGACCCUACCCGGCUCAUAUGGAUCGCGACGGGCAAUACGAGGCGUUAACGGACCGCGACGGGCCGUAUCCCAACCGUCCCGAUCACGAUAGGUCCUACCAGAGCCGUAAAGAGCGCGACAGACCUUACCAGGCUCGUACGGAGCGGGACGGGCAAUAUACGGGUCGUAUGGACCGAGACGGGCAGUAUCACGGCUGCUUGGAGCGGGAUCUCCAGUAUCAGCCCCAUUUGGACCGCGACGGGCAAUAUACGAGCCGUAUGGACCGCGACGGGCAGUAUACGAGCCGUAUGGACCGCGACGGGCAAUAUACGAGCCAUACGGACCGCGACGGGCAAUAUACGAGCCGUAUGGACCGCGACGGGCAGUACCCGAGCCAUACGGAGCGGGACGGGCAAUAUCCGAGCCAUACGGAUCGCGACGGGCAAUAUACGAGCCGUAUGGACCGCGACGGGCAGUACCCGAGCCGUACGGAGCGGGACGGGCAAUAUACGAGCCAUACGGACCGCGACGGCAAUAUACGAGCCGUAUGGAGCGGGACGGGCAGUAUCAGAGUCACGUGGACCGGGAGCUGCAGUACCGGGGCCGGGAUGGUCACUAUCCGCCGUGUAUGGACCGGGAAGGACCGUAUCCCGCGCCCGCGUGUUCCCGGGAGCGAUGCGGGGCCUCCCAUCGCGACUGGGAGCGGGAUUGGACGCGGGGGGCAGCUCAGCCGGGGGCCUUCCCGCAGCUCCAGUCCCGGGGGGGGAGGACACAGCACCAGCGCCAGCACCAGCCCCGCCACCACCCUCCAGCGCAAGUCGGACCGGGACAGCUCGAGGACAGUGAGCGUGGACGGCGAAGCGCCGGGCAGCGAGGGUGGGGGUCCGGUCCCCGACAGCCCCGGGCGACCCCCCCCGUACCGUGGCCUCCCCCAACCGGCCCCCCAGGGACCGGGGGGAUCCGGGGGGUGCCCCGGGGGGGGCUCCCCGGGGUUGGCCUGGCCCCGGCUGCCGCCCCAGCCCGCCAGCGUGGCCCUGCGCAAGCAGGAGGAGGAGGAGGAGAGCAAGAGGCCGAAGGCUCUGAGCGACAGCUACGAGCUCUCCACUGACCUGCAGGACAAGAAGGUGGAGAUGCUGGAGCGCAAAUACGGGGGUUACUUCCGCACCCGCCGCGCCGCCCGCACCAUCCAGGCCGCCUUCCGCCGCUACCGCAUGGCCCAGAAGUUCGAGCGGCUGCGCAGCGAGGGGGGGCGCGCCCGUCGCCUGGCCCUCCCCGGCCUCCGCCUCCAGUUCUCCUUCGAGGAAUACGACCGCGGACCCCCGGCCCCCGCCCCGGGACCCCCCCCGCCGCCUCCCCCUUAUUUCCAGGGCAAACCCGCCUCGCUGGACGAGGGGGUGUUGGGGGGACCUCGAAGGGCGCCCCGAUACGGGGGGUCUUGUCGGGCUGGUUUGGAUGGGGGGGGUGGUCCCACCGAAGGGGCGGCGACGGGGGGGGGGCCCGGGGCGGGGGGCAGCGGCAGCCCCCCCCGGCAGCUCUCGGCCUCUGCUGAUUUCGGGCCCGGUGGUGCCGACCUGGAGGAGGCCUUUGCGCAGCAGGUGAAGUCCUUGGCCGCCUCCAUCGACGAGGCACUGGGGGGGGGUCGAGGGGUCCCCCCCGGGGCCCCGGCCCCCCCCGCGGGCGACAGCGCAGCCACCUCCACCAGCGACGUCACCCUCUACCUGGACGAGGGGCUCCCCGGCUCCCCCCGCUCGCCCGAGCGGCCCGCCAGCCCCGAGCCCCCCCCUGAAACCGGGGGUCCCGCGCCACCACCCGCCCCCCCGCCCCCUCCACCGGCCCCUGCCAACCCUCCCGGCCCGGCCGAACGCUGGGGGGGUCCCGAGGAACCCCCUCGCCGCGGCCCCCCGUGUUUGGAGUGUCGGGGGCGGGGGGGUGGCGGGGGGGGGCACCCCCCUUUGCUGACGGUCGAACCCCCCAGCGACAGCUCGGCCGACCUCAGCGACCGCUCCGACCGCGGCUCCCUCAACCGGGGGGGUCCCUACGAACCCGAAGGGGCCGGGGGGGGCACGUUACCCCGUACCGGCCCCCCUCAUCGUUGCUUCCACCCCGAAGCCCCCCCCGCCCCCCCCACCGGCCCCCCGCCGCCCCCCGCCGCCGAGGAGGGCUCGGAGGGGGACAACGAGAGCUUGGGGAGCAGCUCCAACUCCAACGAGACCCUCAACUGUUCCUCGGGUUCCUCAUCCCGCGACAGCCUGCGGCGACCCCCACCGCCGCCCCCCCCACCUCCCGCCGCCCCCCCGCAACCCCCAGGUCCUUCCGGACCCCCCGGCAAAGCCACGUACCAACGGGAACCGCGGCAGAGCUGGGACUCGCCGGCGCUCAACAACGACGUGGUGCAGCGCCGGCAGUACCGCAUCGGCCUCAACCUCUUCAACAAGAAGCCAGAGAAAGGAAUCCAGUACCUGAUCGAGAGGGGCUUCCUCUCGGACACCCCGGUGGGGGUGGCCCACUUCAUCCUGGAGAGGAAGGGGUUGAGCCGGCAGAUGAUCGGCGAGUUCCUCGGCAAUCGCCAGAAGCAGUUCAACCGCGACGUCCUCGACUGCGUGGUGGACGAGAUGGACUUCUCUGGGAUGGAGCUGGACGAGGCCCUGCGCAAGUUCCAGUCCCACAUUCGGGUGCAGGGGGAGGCCCAGAAGGUCGAGCGCUUGAUCGAGGCCUUCAGCCAGCGCUACUGCGUGUGUAACGCGGCCCUGCUGCGCCAGUUCCGCAACCCGGACACCAUCUUCAUCCUGGCCUUUGCCAUCAUCCUCCUCAACACCGACAUGUACAGCCCUAGCGUCAAGGCCGAGCGCAAGAUGAAGCUGGAGGACUUCAUCAAGAACCUCCGAGGGGUGGACAACGGGGAGGACAUCCCCCGGGACAUGCUGGUGGGCAUCUACCAGCGCAUCCAGAGCCGGGAGCUGCGCACCAACGACGACCACGUCUCCCAGGUCCAGGCCGUUGAGCGCAUGAUCGUCGGCAAGAAGCCGGUGCUGUCCCUGCCCCACCGGCGCCUGGUGUGCUGCUGCCAGCUCUACGAGGUCCCCGACCCCAACCGGCCCCAGCGCCUGGGGCUGCACCAGCGCGAGGUCUUCCUCUUCAACGACCUGCUGGUGGUGACGAAGAUCUUCCAGAAGAAGAAGAUCCUGGUGACCUACAGCUUCCGCCAGAGCUUCCCCCUCGUUGAGAUGCACAUGCAGCUCUUCCAGAACGCCUAUUACCAGUUUGGGAUCAAGCUUCUGUCGGCGGCGCCGGGCGGGGAGAGGAAGGUCCUGAUUGUCUUCAACGCCCCGAGCCCGCAGGACCGGCUGCGCUUCGCCAGCGACCUCCGCGAGUCCGUGGCCGAGGUGCAGGAGAUGGAGAAGUACCGCGUGGAGGCGGAGCUCGAGAAGCAGAAGGGGGUGUCGGGGACGCGGGGUGGGGGGACCCCCCGCGAGGCCCUCAACGGCCUCAGCCGCAGCAGCCUGGAGGAGGCGUUCGGGGCCGGCGAGGGGCUCAAGCGCAGCGCCCUCAGCAGCUCCCUGCGGGACCUCUCUGAUGGCGGCAAGCGGGGCCGGCGCAACAGCGUGGGGUCCCUCGACAGCACCAUCGAGGGCUCCAUCAUCAGCAGCCCCCGGCCGCAGGUGCGGGGUCCGCCGGGGGGGCCGGGGGGAGCCCCCGAGGGCUACAAGGCCCCCCCCCGCCCCGUCUCCAACUCCUCCUCCUUCCUGGGGUCCCUCUUCGGCAGCCGACGGGGCAAAGGACCCCCCGGUCCCCCACCCGGGGUGGGGGGCCCCGCUUCGGCCUCAGCCUCCUCUUCCUCGGCUUCCUCCUCCCAUCACCAUCACCCUCCCCCCGCGCCCCCCGCCCCCCCCGAGGGUCCCUCCAAGCUGCAGGCGUUGCACGCCCAGUAUUGCCAUGGGGCCGGGGGGGGGGGCGGCAGCGGCGGUGGGGGGGGGACCCGGCCCCCCGCCACCACCCCCGUACCCCCAACAACCUCCCCCUCCCGCUCGCCCCGCGCCCCCUCCGCCGCUGCCCGCCAUCGCCGCCGGAGCCCCCCCACGCUUCCACGGGGGCCCCCAACCCCCCUUGUCGGCGCCCCCCCAGCAGCAUGGCCCUCCCGGCGGGGGGUUCCCCCCACCGCACCCCCAUUACACCCUACACCGGCCCGGCAAGAGGGGGGGGGCUCCCCCCGGACCCCCCCGCCAACCCCUCUCCCCCUUACCCCUCUACAGCCCCGCACCCCCCCACCACGGGCUGCCCCACGCUUACCCCCCCGGCCCCCCCCCGCACCACCACCCCCCGCCGCCCCCCGCCCCCGCCGCCGCCAAACACUUCGUUUUUGGGGGGGGCGGCGGCGGUGGCCCAACUGGGGGUGCCCUAAGGGGGGGCGGCGGCGGGGCGGCCCCUCCGCCCCAUCACCACCAUCAUCAUCAUCAUCACCACCACCCGCCCCCCCAUUCCCCAAUCCCUCCCCACCCCUCUUACCCUCCACUGCCCCCCCCCUCGCCCCACACCCCCCUCAGCCCCCACUCCCCCGCCGGCCCCACCUCGCCCCUGGCCCAAGCCAGCCAGGGCCCCCCCAAACCCAAGGGGGGGAACCGCAUCAGCACUGUCGUCUGAAACGCCCCCACCCCCCCCACCCCGCCCCGGCAGAGGACGGACACAACUCGUGGCAGCGAUGGACAGCGCCGGCAUGCUGGAUGCGGUCGUUAUUUUUGUAAAACACCCCCACACCCCCCCAAUUUUCCAACCCCCCCCCCCCCCCCCCCCCAAAAAACACCAACCCUGCACGUGGCUCGUGUUUGGCUGCUCGCGCCUCGCCCCCCCCCGCGGGGGUGGGGGCACCCGGACACCUGGGUCCGUCCCCCCCCCCCCCCACCGCCAUUCCGGGGGUCCGGCGUCGAGGAUGGCCCCCCCCACCCCCGGCUCAGGCUGAAUGUCACAUGGCACUUUAACCCCCACCCCCCCCCCCCACCACCACCACCCCGCUCCUCCCCAAACCCCCCCACCCCUCCCCGGACGCCUGGGUCCCCUCCCUGGGGGACACCCGGCGGCCGCAGACCCAGGGAUGCGCGCGGAGGGGACCCAGGCGUCCGGGCCCCCCCCCGGGGAGGACCCAGGCGUCCGGGCCCGCAUGCGCCCGCGCCGGGCCCUGUAUAUAAGAGACUGUAUAUUUGAUGCUUCAUAAACGGACCGGCCGGCCCUUGGCGUGUGA